AUGGUACGAGAACAUUCCUCCGACGAAACGCCAAAGAACGACCGCAGUCGCGUGACCGGAUCGAUGAGCCGCGAGGACGCGCCGCUCGACGCACCGUUGAGAACCCGUUCAGAUCUCCCUGACGACGACAGCCACAUGCUGUGGUCGAGUUACAACCGCCACGUCGUGGGUUUACACAUCUGCCACAACCCGAGGAGCACCAGCGAAGUCAUGACGAGAUCGAUCAAGCCAGAAUCGCUGAAGACAGCGGUUCCAAAGCAGCUGCACUUGCAGCGGAACAAGGCGUUGAAGAGCGACGACUUCCGUUACGUCAACUGGCUGCGGACUUUUGCAGCUGGCCACCAGCUGUACGUCGGGCUCGACGAAGAGCCUAAACCUUCGCGUUCAGCGAAGCCGGUUGUAGCUCCACGAGGCGGCAAGCCUCAAGUUUCAAAACAAGAAGUCGUCUCGGAAGACGCCACCAAAAACAAUACCAGAGUCGGCGCAAAUGCCGAAACGAUCGUGUCCAAGACCGCCGAGCCACCUGCCAAGAAGGGCUGCUUGAAGGAGGACCUUUUUUUGUCACACACUAAAUAA